GAACCUGGGGAUCUGGGCGAGGAUGCUGGGGACAGAAGGGGCACAAGUAGGGUCAUUAGGAGAAGAUGUGUGAAUAUGAGAAGAAAGAGAUUGGAUGGAUGAGGAGCUGCCAGAAGAGAUGACGAAUUGAGGAGGAGCUAGGGGGUGGAGGGACGGGGGUCCGCUCCUAUGGAAACGGGCAAAUUGCCGGGGAAACGGCCCGGGAUGGGGGUCGAGCAGGUGGCUCGCGCCGCCGGUUUGAACCGGCUUCGCCUCCCAUGCGGGUUUCGCGUGGUCGCAGCGCCUAGCGACCUAGACAGCGGCCAAUGGCGCGGCAGUUCCUGUGCUGCGAGGCCAAUCAACAGGCCGUGGGCGGGCCGUUCCGGAGCUAGGUGCGCUGAUCUUGUGGUUGAAGAAACCAGCUCUGGGGAAGGGUCUCGAGCGCGGGCGGGAGGGCUCCUCUUAGGGUCCGAAGGAGUGGCCGCCCUCAGGUGGCUGCAGAACCGGAGCCAGGACGCCUCGCCGCGCCAUGGCGCCCACCUUGGCCACUGCCCAUCGGCGUCGCUGGUGGAUGGCCUGCACGGCCGUGUUGGAAAACCUCCUCUUCUCGGCAGUCCUCCUGGGCUGGGGCUCACUGCUCAUCAUGCUCAAGUCGGAGGGCUUCUACUCCUACCUGUGUACUAAACCAGGUUUCCCUCCCUCUGUACACACAGAGAACGUCACCAACAGCACAGAGCCAGACCCUGAUGAGGUGAGCAUAGUGAACACAUGGCUCAGCUGCAAGGCCCAGGACGAGAUGCUAAACUUGGCCUUCACCGUGGGCUCCUUCCUGCUCAGUGCUAUCACCCUGCCCCUGGGCAUCGUCAUGGACAAGUAUGGCCCAAGGAAGCUCAGGCUCCUGGGCAGUGCCUGCUUUGCUGUCUCCUGCUUGCUGAUUGCAUAUGGAGCAAAUAACCCCAACUCUCUCUCUGUGCUCAUUUUCAUCGCCCUGUCUCUGAAUGGCUUUGGAGGGAUGUGCAUGACUUUUACCUCAUUAACACUGCCCAAUAUGUUUGGUGACCUUCGGUCCACGUUUAUUGCCUUGAUGAUUGGCUCCUAUGCUUCCUCAGCAGUCACCUUCCCCGGAAUCAAGGUCAUCUAUGACUUUGGUGCCUCCUUCAUCGUCAUCCUUGUGGUCUGGGCCGCCUGCUCUGGGCUGGUUUUCCUCAACUGCUUCUUUAACUGGCCUUUGGAGCCCUUCCCAGGGCCAGAGGACAUGGACUACUCGGUGAAGAUCAAGUUCAGCUGGCUGGGCUUUGACCACAAGAUCACAGGGAAGCAGUUCUACAAGCAGGUGACAACGGUGGGACGCCGCCUCAGCGUGGGCAGUUCCAUGAGGAGCACCAAGGAGCAAGCAGCGCUGCAGGAGGGCCACAAGCUGUGCCUGUCCACGGUUGACCUGGAGGUGAAGUGCCAGCCAGACGCUGCAGCGGCCCCCUCCUUUAUGCACAGCAUAUUCAGCCCCAUCCUGCUGCUCAGCCUCGUCACCAUGUGUGUUACACAGCUGCGGCUCAUCUUCUACAUGGGCGCCAUGAACAACAUCCUCAAAUUCCUGGUCAGCGGCGACCAGCGCGUAGUGAUGGCUACUGUUAGCCUCUACACCUCCAUCUUCGGCGUGCUCCAGCUGCUCUGCCUGUUGACAGCCCCUGUCAUCGGCUACAUCAUGGACUGGAGGCUGAAGGAGUGUGAAGAUGCCUCUGAUGAGCCCGAGGAGAAAGACACCAACCAAGGUGAGAAGAAGAAGAAACGGGACCGGCAGAUCCAGAAGGUCACCAACGCCAUGCGGGCUUUUGCCUUCACAAAUGUGCUGCUCGUGGGCUUUGGGGUGACCUGCCUCAUUCCCAACCUGCCUCUACAGAUCGUCUCCUUUAUCCUGCACACCAUUGUGCGAGGAUUCAUUCACUCUGCCAUUGGGGGCCUGUACGCCGCUGUGUACCCCUCCACCCAGUUCGGCAGCCUCACAGGACUGCAGUCUCUGGUCAGUGCUCUCUUCGCUCUCCUGCAGCAGCCUCUGUUUCUGGCCAUGAUGGGUCCCCUCCAUGGAGACCCUCUUUGGGUGAAUGUGGGGCUGCUUGGCGUAAGCAUGCUGGGGUUCUGCCUUCCUCUCUACCUCAUCUGGUACCGGCGCCAGCUGGAGAAACAGCUGCAGCAGAAGAGGGAAGACGACAAGCUUUUCCUCAAGCUCAACGGCUCAUCCAACCAGGAGGCUUUCGUGUAGCGCCCACACCUCAGAACUUUGGCCUCCUGCCCUUGCUUCAGUGACUCAUCAGUGUCGUCCUCCCAACCCCAGAGGACCUCCACGCACCCCCAGGAGCCUCUCCUUUACCAUGUUGGAGUCCACGCCCCAUCCCAGGGCCUCGGUCCUGCCUUGGUCCUGGAGCUCUGCUAUGGAAGGACGACAGAGGGCCCGGACAUGUGAUUCUCCUAUUGCUGGAAACAGGGCUGCCUUAGGCUUUGCUCUGCCACCUUUGAGGAGCCCUGGAGCCUUGAGGUUCCAUGGUGCCUGCGGGAGGAGCCAGGAGUAUCUCACCCUCAAGUAUCUGAAUUCUGCCUCUUGCCAAAGCAGAGGGGUCAGCCAUCCACUGUCCACUCUCUGCCCCUCGACCGCAUGCCCGCUGACCACGCCUGCCUGAGGACAAAGGCUUGCACUGUCUGCAUCCCCCUCGCCUGGCCCCUCACCUCCUCCCCUGGCCAGUCUGAAGCUGCCUGAGGAAGGAAGGACCCGCUUCCUGUUGUUGGUGCUAACUCCUUUGUAAUUCCUGCCCCCUGUGGCCUGUCCACAACCUGUCCUCCCAGUAGAGGCCUGUGGAGAAGCCCCCCUGGCUUAAAGCCUGGGGAGUGGAUGGAGGGCCGGACGGUCACAGGAGGCUCGGGAGCCAUGGACAAAGCUGAUCAGUCCCUCACCUCCUCCCUCAGGGCCUAACAGGGGAGUAAGUUUCCACUCCCACUCUUCACCCAGUCUGCGACCUGAAGGGAAUUUAAGGGGCACCAACAGGAACCCCCCUUACAUACACACACACACAGCUGUUUUUGUGGGGGUUGAAGUGAGGCUGUGGCUGACAGACACAGAGGUCCAGGCCUGGGUGGGGAGGUAGAAUGUGAGGGGCCUAGGGGUGUGUGUAUGUGUGGGUGUGUACAUACAAUAUGUGUGGGAGAUGUGUGUGGGGGUGGGGGUGGGGGGUGGGCUCUGAGUAUCGGCUCUUAUUCUCCCAGAGCCACCCAGGAGCUAGUCUGGCCUGCCCCGGGUUCAGCACCCUAGAGCCAACCUGGCUCGUUCUGGAGCUUGUCUGAGGCUGUGAUGCCACAGUGCCCCCUGCUGGUAGACUCCUCCAGGGCCCUGAAGCUGUUUACUGAGAGAGGCUGCCCCCUUCCUUUGCCAGGCAGGCCUGGUUUACCAAAUUCACCAGAACUGCCCUGAGAAAUGUGUCUGGAACUUCCUGGGAGCACUGAGGGGUGGGUGGAUUUUUAGGCUUAUAGGUUUGUUUUGUUUUUUUUUCUUUUAAGUUUUAUCAGACUCCUUUUUAUAAAGCAAUAAAUCCAUUUUCCUCCUGGUAAGGAUUGUCCCUACUAGCAUAUCAAUUAAGGGCUACAUGUACCUGUUUUGAGCUUGAGAAAAAGCAAGACAAGAUUUUCUGCCUCUGACCAACUUCAGUCGUACCCAGCUGCUCACAGUCUCUCUGGAUGAUUGCCAUCUUGGAAGGGACCAGUGGGAUAGGAGAAGACCUUACUCUCCCAACCCAUCCCCAAACAAAUUAGGCUUGUGUAGACAUCUUCUUUAGAAAGGUGGGCCACCGCUUCCUCUGCUGCUUUUCCCAGCCAAACAGGCUAACCCUGACCCACUUUCAUCCCUGACUCAGAUUUCCUGUCCCUGGUCAACUAUCCUGGGUGUUCCUCCUGAGUUCAAGACAUGGUUUGACCCCUGGAGAGCCUCAGGCUCAAAGAGACAAGAGGUAGAAUGUGGUGGGGAAUGGACAGAGAACAGGAAGGGACAGACCCAGGCCCAAAUUCGAGUUCUGUGUCAGUAAUUGAGCAACUUGAACAUACCUAAUCUUCCUAGGCUUCAGUCCAUUCAAAUAAUAAAAAAACAAAAAACUAUUUGUUUAAAACAUUUUUCAAAAAGGAGAGAAUGAGAUCAACAUUUCCCAAACCAUUCCUCAGAACACUAGUUAUGUGAGAUGUUAAUGGGUAUUCUAAUUUAAAAAAGUUUUGUAGGCAUAUUUUGGAAAUGUUGAGUUAAAGUCAAGCAUGUUUCUUGGCAGCAAGCACUUGCAGCACUUUUUGGCAUACUCCUGGGCUUUGUGGCUCUCCAAGAUGGGGUGUGGUACCCUGCGGAGGAAUGGUUUUAACAAUCAGAACCCUCAUCCCUGUGUGGCCCAAUGACCACCCGCCGCAGGAGCUCCUCGGUGCUUGUUAAACUUGUAGACUCCAGGUAUUAACUUGGAUGUAGAGGGAACCUGCAGCCUAUAUGUUGUUGAGCCCCACCUGGUGAUUCUGGUGUGUCUCCUCCCACCUCUCCACCCCGCCCAAAGUUUGAGACCCACUGACAAAGAAGCACAGUUUGUGGAAAUGUUGAUUAGCAGGGGCCCUUCCAGCUGGGAAAACACUGAGGUUACAGACAUGGCCUGUGCUAUCCUGCCGCAGUGCCCAGGCCCCGCCCCUAGCCGAAGUAGAAGCUGCUGUCUCCUACCUACCUACCUGCAGGGUAUGGGAACUUUGUGGAAAGAAGCAGGCAUUGAGAAACAAGUUCAAGGGUUGGCCGAGUGGCUCAGUUGGUUAAGAGUUCAUUCAAAAGUGCGAGCUCUGAGCAACAGCGGUUCAAGUCCC